AUGCCCCAUGCCCCCUGUCCACUUCCUGCAGCCACACAAAAGGCUGACAAAUAUUCUUGCUUCACCCCAACACAAUGUGAAAUUGAAGCCAAAGAGGCCUGUACCUGGCUCCGAGCGGCCGGGUUCCCACAGUACGCGCAGCUCUACGAAGAUGCCCAGUUCCCCAUUGACAUUUGCUCAGUCACCAGAGACCACGACUUCCUUGAUCGGGAUGCCAUUGAGGCUCUCUGCAGGAGACUGAACACCCUCAACAAGUGUGCUCUAAUGAGACUGGAUAUAUCCCCACAACGAAAAAGAAGUGAGGACUCGGAUGAAGACGAGCCUUGUGCCAUCAGUGGCCGCUGGACUUUCCAGAGGGACAGCAAGCGCUGGUCCCGCAUGGAGGAGCUGGAAGUUUUCUCCAUGUUGCCCACAGAUGCCACCCAGCCUCCGUUUAUUAAGGACCAAGUACCUCAGAAAGGCAAGCUCGCCCUGCGCGAAGGCAACAGCUCGGAGAGCAUGCUGACCGACCUCAGCGAGCAGCCUGAAGUGGGCUCCAUACAUAGCAGCGGCAGCGGAGGAAGAGGAGAAGACAAGAGCCACGGUACCUCCUCCGCGCACGAGGCCGCGCCGGCCGGGGCCACCCGCGCCAGCUCGGUCGCCAGCAUGUGCUCGUCCUCGGGCACGGGCGGGUCGGGGGGCGCCAACGAGGACUCCCUGUCCGACGGGCUGCCCCCAUCGCCGCUCGAAAACCUCCGGCAGUUCACCUUCGACGUCAAAGCGGGCAUGGCAGGGGGCAGUCUGGACCGAGGGGGCAGCGGAGGCAAGAGCACGCGCUCCAGAGCUAAAAGCUUCCUGAAGAGGAUGGAGAGUCUGCGGCUCCGCAGCGGCGCCUCCUCGAAGAGGAAGAAGAAGGGCAGCGCCGGGGGAGGACGGAUAGAGAUCAGCGGCCCCGUCAUCAAAGAGGGCCUGGACGACGACAAGCUGCGCAGCCUCAACUGCGUGGACAUCUCCAGCGUCAACCUCAACCACCACCGCGACCCCACGCAGACCAUGACCCUCAACCGGAACCGCUCCGUGUCCUACUCCACCCAGACCAGCAACGGCAGCACGGGCAGCACGGGCAGCAGCCAGUCGGAGGCCAGCAGCGGGAGCGCCGUCAGCACGCCCAGCCCGGUGACCCGCGCCCGCAGCCACAGCACCGCCGCCGCCGGGUCCAGCAAGAGGGGCGGCAUGUACCUGGAGGGCUUCGAUCCCUUCAGCCUCCUCCAGCAGGGCUCCGAGCGCCACCCGUCGCCGCCCAAAUCCGCCCCGCCCGUCCCGCGCCCGCCCAGCAACGGGAUGUCGGUGGACGAGCAGAACCGCCGGAACAACCGCGGCGCCCCCGGCAAGAGCAGGCGCCACGAAGAGGAGGAGGACGACGACGAGGAGGGCGGCAUGAUCUUCUUCUACCUCCCCGAAGGCCACAAGCCCGGGACCUUCCCCAAAGCCCUGCAGGACGGGAGCCCGCGCAACAACAACGGGAACGACAACGGGAACCCGGUGGUCCUCCGCGGGCGGGCGAGCAGACGCCAGCGCCGCGCCUCCUCCGGCUCCGUGGACAGCCGGCUCAGCUUCUACGACAACGUGCCCUGCCCCGAGAGGGAGGAGGGCGAGGACGAGGAGGGGGACGAGCACAAACUGGAGGAGGCGCUGCGCAACGACAGCAGCAUGCAGCGCUUCGUCAACGCCUGGUCAGAGGCCGUGGCCGGCGAGGAGGAGGAGGACGAGGACGACGAAGAGGAAGAGGGGGACUCCGAUUCCGCGCUGGACUCGGCGUCCCCGUGCCCGUCCUCCCCUCUGCAGAACCGGCUGGAAGAGGCCGAGAAUGGAAGUGACCAAGACAGCACGGGAAACCCCCUGGGAGAAGCCGAGGACGGGAUGAGGGAGAGACGGGAUUCUGGUGUUGGACCAUCACUGGGUCGAACCAGCAGACCACAGAAGCUCCGCUGGCCGAGCUUCCAGAACUCCCAUCGGCCCAGCUUGGCCUCCGCCCAGCUCCAGAUUAGCUGCCAAUCUGUCCUACAGAUGAAUCUGCUGCAGAAGCUCUCCCUGUUGCAGCUCACGGCCCUCCUGGAGAAACACACCCCCACGAACAAGCAUGGCUUCAGUUGGCCCAUAAUUGCUGAGAAGGGGUGGACAUUGUCUUCGUCUCAAUGGCGCAAUCAUGGCCGUUCACACGCAAGGUGCCGUGCCGGCUCGGCCCUCCUCUCAAAUGAGCGCUCAGAUCGGUCCAGUACACCAAUCCUGAGCUGUAGGGCAGUGCCCAAGUUUAUGAAGCGGAUCAAAGUACGCGACUACAAAGACAGGAACGUGUUCGGUGUGCCGCUGCAAGUCAUCGUCCAGCGGACCGGUCAACCCCUCCCCCAGGGUAUCCAGCAGGCCAUGCGCUACUUACGCAAUCAGUGCCUUGACCAGGUGGGUCUUUUCAGGAAGUCGGGAGUCAAAUCUCGUAUCCAAGCCCUCCGUCAGAUGAACGAGGCGAGUGGCGCAGACGGAGGAGGAAUCAACUACGAGGGCCAGUCGGCCUACGACGUGGCCGACAUGCUGAAGCAGUACUUCAGAGAUUUACCAGAGCCCCUGCUCACAAGCAAGCUGUCCGAGACCUUCCUCCAGAUAUAUCAGUACAUGCCCAAAGAGCUGCGCCUGCAGGCCACCCGCGCCGCCGUGCUGCUGCUGCCGGACGAGAACCGCGAGGCGCUGCGGACGCUGCUGUGCCUGCUGACCGACGUGACGGCCAGCGUGGCCGAGAACCAGAUGACCCCCACCAACCUGGCCGUGUGCCUGGCCCCGUCCCUCUUCCACCUCAACACCCUGCGCCGCAAGGAGAGCUCCUCCCCAAGGGUGAUGAACCGGAAGCAGAUGCUGGGAAAACCGGACCAGAGGGACCUGAACGAGAAUCUGGCCGCCACUCACGGCCUGGCACAUAUGAUCCAGGAGUGCAGGAAACUCUUCAGGAUCCCCGAGGAGAUGAAUCGCUGCAGGAACUCGUACGUGGAGCAGGCCCUGCUGCCACAGCGCCUGGAGGAGCUGGCCGGGGAAGAGGCCGGACAAGCAGGCUACAGGGCCUACCUCCAGGACAGCUUAGAUACUCUCCUCAAAGAGGCCAAAGACAAGUUCAGAGGUUAUGACAGCUGCUCCACGCCCGAGCACGCUGACCUGGCCUACAGGAAGGUGCACGACGGGUUUCCGCUGCGGCUGUGGAAGGUGACGGUGGAGAUUCCCGCCGCUCCCGAGGAGGUUCUGACGCGGCUGCUGCGGGAGCAGGGCCACUGGGACGAGGACCUGCUGGAGAGCCGCGUGGUGGAGGUGCUGGACGACAGGACCGAGGUGUACCUGUACGUCAGGAACACCAUGAGCCCGCAUCCCACCAGGGACCACUUGGUGCUCCGGACGUGGGUCACAGACCUGCCGAAGGGAGCGUGUGCGCUCGUGUGCACGUCUGUGGACCACGAGGGGGUCCCGGCGAUGGGAGUCCGUGCUAACGUCCUCAUUUCGCGCUACUUCAUUGAGCCCUGCGGAGCCAACAAAUCCAGACUCACUCAUAUCUCCAGGAUCGACUGCAGAGGUCGAUUCCCAGAGUGGUACAACAAACUUUACGGACAUUUGUGCGCCGCCGAGGUGGCGCGGAUAAGAGACUCGUUCACGGCGCCCAUAGACAAAUAAGGCGGCAGCAGAAAGUUUGACCCUCGGCAGUUUCUCGGAGUGAAACUAUUCUUUUCGACAGAGCGCAGACGGAGUGGAAAGUUGUUGAAGCCCAUGAUAAAGGACUGGCUCUGGAGCUUGAAUUGACGGACUUGUUUGUCGUGCAUCAACAGACUGGUGCCGCAUUAAAAAAAAAAAAAAAACGCCUCCGCCAGGACUGCUGAGAGGACUCCAAAUUAGAUUUUUCUGGACCUCUGAGGACAUUAUGUUGCUGAGAAAAAAGGCUGAACGGUUUAGACUUAAUCUACAAGGCGUUACUGCUUCUGAGAAGCAAGGGAGUUUAAUGGUAUGUGUGAGCAUGCGUGCACAGAAACGAGCGGUUAAUCGGUCCUGUUGGUUUCCAGGCGGUGGAUGACGUGUACAUACAGUUUUCGCAUGGCCCAGUAACACACACCGUCUGCCUUUGUGUUACCUCCGUCCCCUUUUUCUGUUACAGCAAAGCACAGGAUGAAGAGUAGACUUUAUUGUGUGGAGCCGAUGGAUGAAUCUAUGGGUGUGGAAAGAUGUAAAUAUGUUGCUAAUACCCAGAUUGAGUGGAGACAAUAUACAGGAUAUUGUCGCAUGACAAGUGACUGAUGGUAGGCAAGGCUGUAGUGUACCAGGGUAGAGACAGAUGAGUGCUGGUGGCUGGCUCACCAAAAGGAACACACUGAUCAAAAGGGCCUCCGUUUCUGACAGGUAGAUAAAAAGACACCUCAAUGCUUCAAGUGGAAUUGAACUCAGCGAGUAUCAGUGAGUCACGAGCCUGAUAUGGAUGUGUGUGUUUUUUUACGUGAAUAUACAUAGGUAGGAUUAGUUUUCACACUAGUAUAGUGAAAUGGUGCCAAAAAAAACAAGCGUUUCAUUGACUUGAAACAGAGCGAGGCCUUUCGGAGCCAUGAUGUGGACAGAUUUAAUUAACAAUCAAGCAAUUUGAUGGACCAAAUACUUUUUUUUUUUUUCUUUUAAAGCUUAGAGCUUUCAGUAUUAAGCUUCCUUGUCAGAGCCACGAGCAGUUACCUUCAAUUCUUCCUUUUAGAGCACAACACAUUUCACACUUUUUGAAACCGUUGGCCAGACAUCACUUGUAUACGUAAAAAGAAUAUAUUAAACCAUAUUAACUUUCUAUUUGCUGUGUAGGUCACAAGAACAGAAAACACAGUGCACUGUUCUAUGGGAAACCUCAAACUAAAAUGUAAAUUUGUUUUAAAAAAGAGAGAAAAAAAGGUCCUUUUAUAAAGGUGGGGAUUUUACAGGUUUUACUGUAAAGAAGAGGGCAGAUUGAAUGUGUGGUUUUAAAGGAAGGAUGAAUAUCGUGUAAGUUUCUGUCUCUACCGUCUUGCCAGUGUCCGUCCUCCCCCAUCAAAAUUAAAAAAGGUCUACGUAAGCGGCUGACCUCUGCUCAUAACACUUGCGCUUCAGUCUGACGGUGAGCAUCGUUCAUGUUGAGUGUAUACUUAGAUCACUAAGCCAUUGUUAAUAUAAAUGUUCGUACCUGUAACAAUGUCUCUCCCAAAUAAUAACGCAUGACAAUGACAGCUAAUUUAAAGCAAAAAGUAUUUAUACCUCAGAUAUAUGUUUGUUUUGUAUCAUUGUAUCUUUAUUUUAUUUCAUUGUACAUGUUAGCUUCGUUACAGAAAUUUAAAAAAAUGUUUUAUCUUUUUUAUUAAUAUUAUUUCUGUACAGGUUAAUCAAAAGUGCACUAUUAAAUGUAUUAAAAAAUGAGAACUGCCGGGGUGUCUGUGUUUAUGUAAGGA